UUUACAAGAAGUCAGAUGGCCACAGGUGACACCCAGAUCCUGGAUCAGUUCUGCGGAUCUUAUUGCGGAUCUAUUUGCGGGUUUUACUGCCGCCUGCUGUCCGCCUCGCUCCCCGGGUUUCAGUCUCCCUCAUCGGGCUGCAGCUGCUCGGUGUUCCGCUCCUCCUCCUGGUUCUCUCCGCGGGUCAGAGCUGCUGUCUGUGGGCGCCUCCGGAGCUCUGAGGUCGGUCAGCGGGUCGCUGUGUCCGGAUGCGUUCUGGUGUCCGGGUUUGAAGCGGAUCUGGACCGGACUCACCUGGACUCCAACAUGGCUUCCACCUACACAGGUGACCGCGACGACCAGACGGAUGUAAACGCCUGUUAUCUGCGAGCAGCUCGGGCUGGGAACCUGGAGAAAGCUUUGGACUACCUGAAGAAUGGAGUCGACAUCAACAUUUGCAAUCAGAACGGCCUCAACGCCCUCCAUCUGGCAUCCAAGGAGGGCCACGUGGAGGUGGUGGCCGAGCUCAUCAAGCAGGGCGCCAACGUGGACGCCGCCACCAAGAAAGGAAACACUGCCCUGCACAUAGCGUCCCUCGCCGGACAGACGGACGUGGUGAAGGAACUGGUCAACCACGGAGCCAACGUCAACGCACAAUCUCAGAAUGGCUUCACUCCGUUGUACAUGGCGGCGCAGGAGAACCACAUGGAUGUGGUUCAGUUCUUAUUGGACAACGUCAGUCAGAGCAUCGCCACUGAGGAUGGGUUCACCCCUCUGGCGGUGGCGCUGCAGCAGGGUCAUGACCAGGUGGUUUCCCUCCUCCUGGAGAACGACACCAAAGGAAAAGUCCGACUUCCUGCCCUGCACAUCGCCGCCAGGAAGGACGACACGAAGGCGGCCGCCCUGCUGCUGCAGAACGACCACAACGCCGACGUGGAGUCCAAGAGCGGCUUCACUCCUCUGCACAUCGCCGCUCAUUACGGAAACAUCAACGUGGCGACGCUGCUGCUCAACAGAGGAGCUGCCGUGGACUUCAAGGCCAGAAAUGAUAUAACUCCGCUACAUGUAGCGUCCAAACGUGGGAACAGCAACAUGGUCCGACUGCUGCUGGAGCGAGGAGCCAAGAUAGACGCUCGAACGAAGGAUGGUCUGACUCCUCUUCACUGUGGAGCUCGAAGUGGCCACGAACAGGUGGUGGAGAUGCUGCUGGACCGAGGAGCUCCAAUACUGUCCAAGACCAAGAAUGGUCUGUCUCCCCUCCACAUGGCGACGCAAGGUGACCACCUGAACUGUGUCCAGCUGCUUCUUCACCACGAGGUUCCCGUGGACGAUGUGACCAACGACUACCUGACGGCGCUGCACGUCGCCGCUCACUGCGGACACUACAAGGUGGCGAAGGUCAUCGUGGACAAGAAGGCCAAUCCCAACGCCAAGGCACUGAAUGGUUUCACUCCGCUGCACAUCGCCUGCAAGAAGAACCGAGUCAAGGUGAUGGAGCUGCUGCUGAAGCAUGGAGCGUCUAUCCAGGCCGUCACCGAGUCCGGUCUGACUCCGAUCCAUGUGGCAGCGUUUAUGGGACACGAUAACAUCGUCCACCAGCUGAUCAACCACGGGGCGUCACCCAACACCAGCAAUGUGAGGGGGGAGACGGCGCUCCACAUGGCGGCCAGGGCAGGACAGUCCAACGUGGUCCGGUAUCUGGUCCAGAACGGAGCUCGGGUCGACGCCAAGGCCAAGGAUGAUCAGACUCCGCUGCACAUCUCCAGCCGCCUGGGUAAACCUGACAUCGUGCUCCAGCUGCUGGCUAACGGAGCGUAUCCGGACGCCACCACCAGCUCCGGCUACACCCCGUUACACCUGGCAGCCCGGGAGGGUCACCGAGACAUCGCUGCUGCUUUGCUGGACCAAGGAGCCAGUCUGGGCAUCACCACCAAGAAGGGCUUCACUCCUUUGCACGUUGCAGCAAAAUACGGGAAGCUGGAAGUGGCCAACCUGCUGCUGCAGAAAAACGCUCCACCUGACGCUGCCGGGAAGAGUGGACUAACUCCACUGCAUGUGGCGGCACACUACGAUCACCAGAAGGUGGCGCUGCUGCUGCUGAAUCAGGGGGCCUCGCCGCACGCUGCUGCGAAGAACGGCUACACUCCGCUGCACAUCGCGGCCAAGAAGAACCAGAUGGAGAUCACGACCACGCUGCUGGAGUACGGCGCCUCCACCAACACGGUGACCCGGCAGGGCAUCACGCCGCUGCACCUGGCGGCGCAGGAGGGCAACGUGGACAUUGUGACGCUGCUGCUGGCUCGAGACGCCCCCAUCAACACGAGCAACAAGUCUGGUCUGACUCCGCUCCACCUGGCCGCCCAGGAGGAUAAAGUCAACGUUGCCGAGGUUUUAGUCAACCAUGGAGCAAUUAUCGACCCUGAAACCAAGCUGGGAUACACUCCCCUCCAUGUGGCCUGUCACUAUGGCAACGUGAAGAUGGUCAACUUCCUGCUGAAGAAUCAGGCGAAGGUCAACAGUAAGACCAAGAACGGUUACACUCCUCUGCACCAGGCUGCCCAGCAGGGACACACUCACAUCAUCAACCUGCUGCUGCAUCACGGAGCGUCGCCCAACGAGCUCACCGCCAAUGGGAACAGUGCUUUAUCCAUCGCCAGGAGACUGGGAUACAUCUCCGUAGUCGACACUCUGAAGGUGGUAACGGAGGAAACUCUGACCACUCAGACUGUGGUGGAGAAACACAAGAUGAACGUUCCAGAGACGAUGAACGAGGUGCUGGACAUGUCCGACGACGAGGGUGACGAUGCCAUGACGGGGGACACCGAUAAAUAUUUGGCCCCCCAGGACCUGAGGGAGUUGGGGGACGACUCUCUGCCUCAGGAGGGCUACAUGGGCUUCAGUGUUGGAGCUCGAUCUCAGAGCCUGCGUUCCUUCAGUUCUGAUAGGUCCAACACUCUGAACCGGAGCUCCUUCACCAGGGACAGCAUGAUGAUCGAGGAAAUCCUGGCGCCCACUAAGGAGAUGCAUCUCUCGGUGGCGAAGGACUUUGACAGCGACUCUCUGAGGAGGUACAGCUGGACGGCAGACGCUCUGGAUAACGUCAACCUCGUGUCAUCGCCGAUCCACUCGGGGUUCCUGGUGAGCUUCAUGGUGGACGCCAGAGGAGGUUCGAUGAGGGGAAGCCGCCACAACGGGAUGCGGAUCAUCAUCCCGCCCAGGAAGUGCACGGCGCCCACCAGGAUCACCUGCCGCCUAGUGAAGAGGCACAAGCUGGCGUCGCCUCCUCCCAUGGUGGAGGGCGAAGGCCUGGCCAGCCGGCUGGUGGAGGUCGGCCCGGCUGGAGCUCAGUUCCUCGGGCCCGUGAUAGUGGAGAUCCCACACUUCGGCUCAAUGCGAGGCCACGAGAGGGAGCUGAUCCUGCUGCGAAGCGAGAACGGAGAGAACUGGAAGGAACAUCUGUACGACUGCAAGACGGACGACCUCAACCAGCUGCUCAACGGCAUGGACGAAGAGCUGGACAGCCCCGAGGAGCUGGAGAGGAAGAGAAUCUGCCGCAUCGUCACCAAGGACUUCCCACAAUACUUUGCUGUGGUGUCUCGGAUCAGACAGGAGACCAAUCACAUGGGGCCGGAGGGCGGGACUCUGUGCAGCCGCAGCGUCCCAUUGGUCCAGGCCUCCUUCCCUGAGGGGGCGCUGACCAAGAAGAUCAAGGUUGGACUGCAGGCCCAGCCGGUUCCUGACGACACGGUGAAGAAGAUCCUCGGCAACCGGGCGACCUUCAGCCCCAUCGUCACCGUGGAGCCCAGGAGGAGGAAGUUCCACAAACCCAUCACCAUGACGAUCCCGGUGCCGCCGCUGUCGGGGGAGGGGCUUAGCAACGGGUACAAGGGGGACUGUACUCCCUGCCUCCGCCUCCUCUGCAGCAUCACAGGUGGAACGUCUCCGGCUCAGUGGGAGGACAUCACGGGAACGACUCCUCUGACGUUCGUCAACGACUGCGUCUCCUUCACCACCAACGUUUCUGCCAGGUUCUGGCUGGCCGACUGCCACCAGAUCCCAGAGACGGUGGCUUUGGCCUCCCAGCUCUACCGGGAGCUGAUCUGCGUUCCCUACAUGGCCAAGUUCGUGGUGUUCGCUAAGAUGAACGACCCGGUGGAGUCGAGGCUUCGCUGCUUCUGCAUGACGGACGACAAGGUGGACAAAACCCUGGAGCAGCAGGAGAACUUCGAGGAGGUGGCCAGGAGCAAAGACAUCGAGGUUCUGGAGGGCCGGCCCAUUUAUGUGGACUGUUAUGGAAACCUGGCUCCUCUGACCAAAGCCGGCCAGCAGUUAGUUCUGAACUUCUACGCCUUCAAGGAGAACCGGCUGCCCUUCUGUGUUAAGGUCAGAGAUCCCAGCCAGGAGCCCUGCGGUCGCCUCACCUUCCUCAAAGAGUGUAAAGCCACCAAAGGCCUUCCUCAGACGGCCGUGUGCAACCUGAACAUCACGCUUCCCGCGGUGAAGAAGACUGAAAAGCCAGAGCGACGUCAUACCUUUGCAUCCCUAGCCUUACGUAAGCGCUACAGCUAUCUGGCCGAGCCUGCACUGAGCCCUCAGAGUCCCUGUGAGAGAACAGACCUCCGCAUGGCGAUAGUAGCCGACCACCUCGGACUCAGCUGGACUGAGCUGGCCAGGGAGCUAGAUUUCUCUGUGGAAGAGAUCAACUUCAUCCGAGUGGAGAACCCCAAUUCCCUGACAGCACAGAGCUUCAUGCUCCUAAAGAAAUGGGUGCACAGGGACGGUAAAAAUGCCACAACGGACGCUUUAACCGCGGUGCUGACUAAGAUCAAUCGGUUGGAUAUUGUGACUUUGCUGGAAGGGCCCAUAUUUGACUACGGUAACAUUUCAGGCACACGCUGCUUUGCCGAUGAUAACGCAGUAUUCCCGGAUCAGUCCGAUGAAUACCACAAUAUAGAUCUGGAGCUGCAGACCCCCUCAGACCUCAACUACGUGCCCCCGACCCCGCUCCGCUCCGACGACUUCUUUAGCGAGGGCGACGCUAGCGUAGAGUCCCCUAGCAAGUCCGCCCUAACUAGACCUAGCGACCUCUCCCUCACUCAGACCACCAGUACCUCCAGCAGCGACCCCCUCACCGUGGCCCCGGGGCCCGGAUCCAAAGCCCAGGAGCCGCCCCUGGUUGGCCCUGAAGAAACGGGGAUGUCCGUGGAAAAUAAAACCGGUCCGGAUAACGACCGGAGGGCUGUGGAACAGUCAGGGAAGGCGACGAAGCGAGAAGCAGAAGUCGUCGUGGAGGCUGCCUCGGACGCCGGACUCGGGAACGGAAAGGAGGAAAAGGAGGAGGAGGAGGAGAUGACCCAGGAGAGGCUGCAGAGUCUGCUGGAGGAUAUAAAGCUGGAGGGAGGCGUGGAGGAAGAGGAGAUUACGGAGGAGAGGGUGAACGCCAUCCUCGAACAAGUACGGCAAGCAGAAAAAGACGUGUGCUCAGUUCCAGGAUGGAGGAGCGAGGAGACGGCAGCCCCCGGACAAAGUCCCAACACCGAGGAGGGCAGCCCCGACAGCCUGGUGGAUUCUCUGGAACAGACGCCAGCUCAAAACGGAGGUCACACCGAGGCGUCCGGAGACAGGAAGAAGAAGGAAUCUCAGGAGGACAGCAGCACAGCGGGACCAAGCAAAGGACGGGAAGACGGAGGGGACCGGUCCCAGCACAAAGUCCAGGGAGAGGAAGCCAGAAACAUUCCUGGAGAGUCUGUGACCGAGGAGCAGUUCAUAGACGAAGACGGGAAUCUGGUCACCAGAAAAGUGAUCAGAAAAGUGGUUCGUCGGAUUUACAACUCGGAGGAAAGGAGGGAAAGCGAAGGCGAACUUUUAGCCGACGAACCGGCUGCUGCUGCUGUUGAUGCUUCUGAUGCUGUUGAUGCUGCUGUUAGUGCAACAACAGCUGGAGCAGAUGUUGCUCCAUCAGCCGGACCCUCGGGGGGUAAAAGCAAGAAGAGGGGGAAGCGGUCCCGACACAAGGACGAAGCCCAGAGAGGGAAAACUGAGCCUGGAGACGCUUCCAACAAGAAACAGGGCAAGAAGAGUCAGUCAUAACAGUGGAGUUCUCAGAUACGCCUGGUCCACCGACGUCCAGCAUCCACUCUGGGAGGAGCAUCAGAGGAACAUGUCAAUCAGCCGAGUCGCGUCUAAAGCUUUCACUUUAACAAACGCAUGGUUUUCAGCAAGACAACGUUUACUUUUCUUUGAUUUCGCAUGAGCAUGUCACCAAACUCACUCACCGUUGGGGAACGCCGCCUCGAGGACUCGCAUGGACGUGAGCCAGACGUUUUCCGAAGACGGCGCAAAACGAGGAGAAAAAAAAAACCAACCGCUGACGGAUUGACUCCACUCUGACACUCGCCUUAUAUCGUCUAUUUUUCCUCCUGGACCCUCAGUAUCGGGGUUGUACCACGUGGUUCUUUUUUAAAAAAGAAAAACAAAUGAAAUAUAAUGGUAAAAUGGGUGAUUUUUUUCUUGUAUAUAAAUGACACUGUAUAAAAAUCUUUAAAAACAACAGAAACCAGUAGCUUCACGGAUUGUUUCUGCACUGAUUGAUGAAGCUUUGCCGAGAGGUCGACACUGUUUGAGAAGCCUUGACCUUGACUUGCUCUUCCUAAGCCAAUAUAUAUAAAAAAAACAGCCGAAUGAGAAGCGAAUGGAGAAAAUAACAAAAAACACACUGCUUGGUUUGUUUCUUUAACAGCUCGGGGCGUUCUGCAGACUGCAUGUGGCGUCACUUUACUUUAACGCUUUUCUGUUUUUCCUCCUAACUCAGAGCACUGUAAUAAAAAUCAGAGGGUUUCUGUCUGAGCUGCACUCAUGAUGACUUUUUACUUUAACGGAAACACUCCCGAUGUUUCGUUAGCUCAAAGCGCUAGCAGCCCUCUGUGUGUGUGUGUGUGUGUGUGUGUGUGUGUUUGUGUGUGCGCGCAUGUGUGUGCGAUUAGCAUCCAAUAAAUCCCGCCUAUCUGUAAACCCGUCUAGAAGUUUAGGCUUUUAGGUCGACUGUGGUUUUAACAUAAAAUACAAAACCAGGAGGACUGUUUUUAUUUACACCAGAACAGAGAAUCUCAUUUUGAAGCUCCGUUAAAAACUCCUUUGUACCGACGAGACUCCGAUCUCAAUUUUACACGUUAAAAAUGUGAUUUUCUGUUCCCGUGUAUUUCUUAUUUCUUGUCUUUUUGUUGUUUUUUUUCAUACAAAUCCACCCCGAGCAUCCGUUGUCGAUGAUAAAUCUGGUACCGACAUGUAUGACCAACCAACAUAGCCUACACUGGAUGAUCCAAGUAAUUAUUUAAGCAGAAAAAUAAACUGUGUUUAAACUCAACAA